UAGCCUAUAUAAGGGCAAGGGAGUGGCACUCUCGUCCCCCACAACUUUGAGCAAGGACCCAAGUGAGCUACAGGAGCAAACAGCUUGGAAGGACAGCAUCAUGCCUGGAAUUACUUGCACCAGCCUGCAUGUGGCCCCCGGCGUCCGUCUCGCUGUGAAAGGUGAUAUCCCAGCAGGAGCUAAGAGUUGGGUCAUCAACCUGGGCAAAGGCCAAAAUGACAUCAUGCUGCAUUUCAACGCACGCUUCGAUGCUCACGGGGACAUCCGAACCAUUGUCUGCAACUCCAAGAUCAACGGGAAAUGGGGCCAAGAACACAGGGAGACCAACUUCCCCUUCCAAGAGGGCAGCAGCGCGGAGGUGCUCUUUGCUCAUGACAAAAACGAGGUGACCAUCACAUUGCCUGGCAACCAUCAGUUCAAGAUCCCCAACAGCGCUCACUUGGAAGGCAUUGAAUAUGUCUGCGUAGAAGGCGACUUUAACUUCAAAGGCAUAUCUCUCGGUUAAGCCUCUCCCGGUCUUGUCUUGCUCACCUCUCCUGCGUAAUAAGGCAGCAAAAUAAACACAGCUGAAUUCUGGUGUAAACUG